AUGGAUCUGCAGACAUCAGGACUGGUCUUUGUCAUCCUCUUGUCUAGUACAUUUGGAAUAGAGCUGAUUGAUCAUGGGUACACCGGUGUUCUGAUUGCCAUCAACCCAAAUGUCCCUGAAGAUCCAGCACUCCUUGAAAACAUUAAGGACAUGUUGAAAAAUGCAUCAGACUACUUGUACAAUGCUGUUGGGAACAGGUUUUAUUUCAAGGAAGUGACGAUAACGGUUCCUGCAAACUGGAAUGCAACCAGCUAUAAAAAGGCUACAACUGAGAGGUAUAUCAAGGCGCAUGUCUUUAUUGAUGAGCCAAACCCUGCGUAUGGAGAUGAGCCCUACACCCUCCAGUACGGCCAGUGUGGAAAUGAGAGCCAGUACAUCCAUCUCACCCCAAACUUCCUGCUAGAUGACCAGCUCACUGACGUGUAUGGAGAGAGAGGUAGAGUUUUUGUACAUGAAUGGGCUCACCUACGGUGGGGAUUAUAUGAUGAGUAUAGUGAGGAAGAGCCAUUCUACCUGUCUGGAGAGGGUAAAGUUGAGGCGACAAGGUGUAGCAUAAACAUUACUGGUCAACAAUGCAUGCCUGGAGACUGUAAACCAUGUGAAACUAACAUUACAACUGGAUUACCCACUAGUGACUGCAUGUUUGUAGUAAAUAAUUCAUCAUCUGCAAAAGAGUCAAUUAUGGCUAUUCAAGGCUUAGACAUUGUUAUUACACAAGACAAGGAUACAUUGGGAGAUGAGAUUGUUAUUCUCACUGAUGGUGAAGCAACAGACGUAAUAAAAGAUUGUGAGGACGCCGUUAUCGGCAGUAAAGUGAUGGUGCACACUAUUGCCCUGGGCCCAAAUUCAGACAAAACGCUACAGAAUAUAUCGACUAAAACAUACGGGCAGUUCCUUUAUGCAGCACAGAGUUUGGACUCCAAUGAAUUAGUAGAUGCAUUUGCCUCUCUUACAGCCUCGGAUGGAAAUUUAACACAUCAGAUUAUCCAGCUUGAAAGCUCUGGCACUACAACUACUGAUUGGUUUAAUGGAACAUUUGCUGUGGACUGGACUGUUGGAAAUGGCACGGUUAUAACCAUUGUCUACGAAGCACACCUUCCCAGUAUAUUCAUCAGAAGUCCAAAUGGGGACAUUUUCAAUGGGUCACACUUCAGUCAUGAUGUUACAACAAAGACCUUAUCUUUGAAAAUACCAGGAACUGCAGAGGUUGGAGAAUGGCAUUAUAGUCUACUUAAUGAGCGUGACAGUGAAGAGGCGAUGGCUAUCACUGUAAUCACCCGUGCUGCCAGUGCUGAUGUGGCCCCUAUCGUAGUGAAAGCCCACAUGGACCAGAAGUCAUCUGAUGGAAGCAAAGCCAUGGUGGUCUAUGCAGCAGUCACUCAGAAGGGAUUACCUGUUAUAAUGGCAGAUGUCACAGCCACACUUGAGUCUGAUACUAAUCAUAAAGCAUCACUACAGUUGGUGGAUAGUGGAGCAGGUGCUGAUGCCUUCAAACAUGAUGGCAUCUAUUCAGCAUAUUUUAGUGAUCUGAUGUCAGGAAGGUACAGCCUGAAAGUAAGAGUGAAAAACACGGACAAAGCCAGGAUCUCAAUGCACAGAAACAGUGGAGCAAUGUACAUCCCAGGAUAUGUGGUGAAUGGCCAAGUGGUGAUGAAUCCCCCAAAGCCUCCUGUCAAUCAUGAACCAGUGGAGGUGGGGAGCUUCAGCAGGACAGCCACAGGAGAGAGUUUUGUGGUGGCGUUACCCCCAGGAUCUACAGGCCCUCCACCAUUUCCUCCCUGUAAGAUCACAGACCUGAAGGCCAAUCUGGAGGGAGACAACGUCACUCUUACCUGGACUGCUCCUGGGGCAAGCUAUGACCAGGGAACAGCAUCGCUCUAUCAUAUCCACUGGAGUGAAGACUUGGGGUUGCUGAGAGGGCAGUUUGACAAGUCUGAAGUUGUCAACACAUCAGCACUGUCACCACAAGAGGCUGGCUCCGUUGAGGAAUACACAUUCAGCUCAUAUCAUUUCAAUAUCACCAAUGGCACUAGUGUCUACUUUGCCAUUGCAGCUGAAAAUGCUGAACCUUUGCAAUCCGAAAUGUCAAACAUUGCCCGUGUGGUCAAAUUUGAACCUCCAGUACCACAUAAGAGCAUAGAUAUGAUAGCAGUUGCAGUAAGUGGCACAGUCGCUGUCAUUGUAGUAAUGAUUGCAGGGAUUGUAAUUGUUCAUAUGUAAUAACUUUUAAGCAAAAAUCACAAGGCGUGUCAGAGAUAACUAGAUGCAAAAAAAGACGUUUUAGCGCAAUAAGCAAUGUCUUACUCUAUGUUUGUAGAGAUCUUUUUGUUUCGCUUUAUGCAUGAAAAAUGUGCUAUAUGUAUUACUAUAAUUUGAUUUGAUGAUAACUGACUGUUCAAGAAAGACAGUGAAGAUGCACCAUAUUACAAUCCACCUCCGUCGUAUGCUACAAUGUCACUAUAUUCUGAACGUCUGUAUUUUAGCUUGGAUGCAACGUGACAGUUCAUUUAAAUUUUGCAACGAGUUUGGCGAAUUAAUAUUCCAGUGUGAUACGGGCAACACAUUGGAACUGCUUCAAAGGUAUAGCCUGUUAAACGAAGUUAAUGGCCACCUCAUCAGCCAAUCAGAGAAGAGAAUCCCAUUGUUAAGGGAGAUAAUUAAUAUUAUUAUACAGCUCUUCAAAAUGUAAUUUCAUUCAAAAAUGAAAGCAGACAUUUGAUCAGCUGUGUUCUAAAGAAUGUUUGACUGAAGUUCAGUGUGUGUUGCAAACUAUUUGUUUCUCAGC